AUGUAAAGAAACAAGAAUUUCAGCUAUAAAUUGGAAGAAUUUAUUAGAUCCUUAGAUUAAUACGGCCAUCCCAUAGUUUUUACAUAUAAUAAGAGCUCCUCUUUUAAAACAUUUUUUGGUGGUAUAGUAACUUUAUGCAGGGAAGUAUUCAUAAGUUAAGAUGAAUUCGACAUUGGUUUUGUAAUUGAUCUUUUUUAUCUGCCUAAAGAUCAUUCUAUUAAGAACAUCGAUGAAUAUAUAGAAGUAAACAUUUAGUAGAUAAAAACUUCUUAAAUUAAAGGAGAAUAUUUUUAUGAAGUAAUUCCACUACAUUUUUCUAAAUGUCAAGCUGGAAGAUUCAAAGGAGAAUUAACACAGUCGGAAAUUUUUGAUAUUAGCAAUAGAUAUUUUUGUCCAAUUGACUUCAAAACUGCAUUUUAUGGAUCAUAUUCUACUUAAAAGGCAUCAAUGCUUCAAGUAUAAGUCCGAAAAUGUAAUCAAGAGAAUCUUAGAAUUAAGAAUAAGACUUUGACCUGUGCUUCAUAAGCUGAAAUGGACAUUGUGUUUAACAAAUUAGCAUUGACAAUCCUAAUGACAAACUAGUUUAUUGAUGUAAACGAAAAAUCUGGAAAUCCAAUUAAAACAGUUCUAAAGUAAUUUUACGCAACAUCAAAAGCUGGACUUUCCCUUUAAUAUCAAUUAAGAUUUGGUGAAAACUUUCUUAUAUAAAGUACCUCUUCAAUAUCUAGCAUGCUAGGCCAAUAAAACUUGACAUACUACACAAUAACUGAUGAUUAAAUGAAUAUCUCUAUUAUCAAUCACUCAUAAAACAAUAAUUUCAACUUGCAACUAACUUACUAAUAAAAUAGAACCAGAAUAGUGAAGCAAUGUUUAUUUAAAAGAAAAAAUCAGAGAAUAUUAACAUAAAAUGUUUUGUUUAAGCAAGCUAAAUAAAAAUUAGAUGAAAAGUUUGAAAUAAUUAAGAUUUUAAAGAACCAAAAUAUGCUUAAAUUCAUAAAAUAAGUAACGCUUGCCAAAUAUCAAAGAAGACUCAUCCCUUAUUUCAAACAGAAUUUAAUCAGAAUAAAAGAUUAGAAUAUUCAAGUAAUGAAGAAUAGUGAGUAAAAAUUGAUCAGUUGGAAGGAACUUACAAAAGAGUAAAAGAUUAUCACAAGAUUUUACCUAGCUUAAGUUAUCCAAAAUACUGGUUAAAAUGCUAUUGAUAAAAGAAUAUUAAAAAAUCUUGAUUAGAAUUUUAUAAACGUAUAAAAUCGUGUUGCUAUAACCAAAUUGAAUAAAAAUGCUAUUCUAUAGAGACUUAAGGAGAAAUAAAAAUAUUAAGAUAAAUUUGAUGAAGAAUAAAAGUAUGAUGUAGUAAGGUAAAAAAUCAAUUUAAAAGAAGGAAGCUAGGAAAACUUAUAGAGUAUUUUUUAAUCAGACAUUACUAAUCAGACUUUAUAAGAGGAUAGUCUUUUUGUUGAUCAAUUUUUGGAAUAAGAAUUAGAAAUUUGA